GCUCGCGCCACCCGCCUCGGCGCAUGCGCCGAGCCAGCAGCGCGGGCCCUGACUUGGGCUGUGUACUGUGUCUUUCUCUUCUUCCUCCUCUGGAGCUUCCGGGACACCAAGGCCUGUUCCGGAAUAGCCGGCACCCGCUUUUUCUGCCUCUCUCUCUCUCGCUUGUGACCUUCCGGCGCCAUUUACCGGACAGGUGGCUGUGGAGGACCUUCCCCGCCCACGCUGCACUCCGUCACUCAGAGCGCGCGCCGCGACCCAGGAACUAAUCGGCAGCUGCCUUAGGCGACCAUGUCGGAGUCUGGGCACAGUCAGCCUGGGCUCUACGGGAUAGAGCGGCGGCGGAGGUGGAAAGAGCCAGGCUCCAGUGGCCCCCAGAAUCUUUCUGGGCCUGGCGGUCGGGAAAGAGACUACAUUGCCCCCUGGGAAAGAGAGAGACGGGAUGGCAGCGAAGACCCCAGCACCAACGUCAUGCAGAAAACCCCCAUCAUCCUCUCAAAGCCUCCAGCUGAGCGGUCAAAGCAGCCACCACCUAGUACAGCCCCAGCUGCACCGCCAGCCCCAGCCCCACUGGAGAAACCCAUUGUGCUCAUGAAGCCACGUGAGGAGGGGAAGGGGCCUGUGGCUGCAACAGGGGCUUCCACCCCCGAAGGUACUGCCCCACCACCCCCCACGGCCCCUGCACCACCAAAAGGAGAGAAGGAGGGGCAGAGACCCACACAGCCUGUGUACCAGAUUCAGAACCGGGGCAUGGGCACUGCUGCCCCAACUGCCAUGGACCCUGUGGUGGGCCAGGCUAAGCUCCUACCCCCGGAGCGCAUGAAGCACAGCAUCAAGCUGGUAGACGACCAGAUGAACUGGUGUGACAGCGCCAUUGAGUACCUGCUGGAUCAGACGGACGUGUUAGUGGUCGGUGUCUUAGGCCUCCAGGGGACAGGCAAGUCCAUGGUCAUGUCACUGCUGUCAGCAAACACUCCAGAGGAAGACCAGAGGGCGUACGUCUUCCGGGCUCAGAGUGCGGAGAUGAAGGAACGAGGGGGCAACCAGACCAGCGGCAUUGACUUCUUCAUUACCCAAGAGCGGAUUGUCUUCCUAGACACGCAGCCCAUCCUCAGCCCGUCCAUCUUGGACCACCUCAUCAAUAACGACCGCAAACUGCCUCCGGAGUAUAACCUCCCUCACACCUAUGUGGAAAUGCAGUCCCUGCAGAUAGCUGCCUUCCUCUUCACGGUCUGCCACGUGGUGAUCGUCGUGCAGGAUUGGUUCACGGACCUCAGUCUGUACAGGUUCCUGCAAACAGCAGAGAUGGUGAAGCCAUCGACUCCAUCCCCCAGCCAUGAGUCCAGCAGCGCGGCAGGCUCGGAUGAGGGCACUGAGUACUACCCGCACCUCGUCUUCCUGCAGAACAAGGCACGUAGGGAGGACUUCUGUCCCCGGAAGUUACGUCAGAUGCACCUAAUGAUUGACCAGCUUAUGGCACAUUCCCACCUGCGCUACAAGGGGACGCUGUCCAUGCUGCAGUGCAACAUCUUCCCAGGGCUGCCGCCCGACUUCCUGGACGCUGAGGUCAACUUGUUCCUGGUGCCCUUCAUGGACAGUGAAGCUGAGAAUGAGAACCCACCUCGAGCAGGGCCUGGAUCCAGCCCCCUCUUCUCCCUGCUGCCUGGGUACCGAGGUCACCCUAGCUUCCAGUCCCUGGUCAGCAAGCUCCGCAGCCAGGUGAUGUCAAUGGCUCGGCCACAGCUGUCGCACACAAUCCUCACGGAGAAGAACUGGUUCCACUAUGCUGCCAGAAUCUGGGAUGGGGUGAAGAAGUCCUCAGCCCUGGCAGAGUACAGCCGCUUGCUGGCCUGAGGCCGAGGGAGGAGCAGCAUGCAGGGGACCUCCCUGUCCUGUGGGCUGUCCGGUGGACAGUGAGGGUACAGCCAUCCUCCAGCAGGGGAGGAGAGUAACAGGCCUGGCAGAGGGAUCGUGGCUUGGCUUCCCGCCAGAGAUUCGAGGUGUCUGAGGCCAGCCCCUCCCUCACAUGGGGGCUGCUCACAGGGUGACCAAGAGAUCCCACCCCCAGCCUGGUAUGAGCAGCCUUUCCCAAAUCUCCAUAGAGACCAGCAGGAGGAAGAGUCAGCAUGUCCCCAGGAAGCCUGACCCCACUGAGUCAGACUCCAGGCCUUCCCAGGGAAACAGGGUUGAGGCUGGAGAGCUUUUCACGGGCGAGGAUCUGAUGGUUCAAAUAAACGUGGUCAUAGGA